AUGAUUGCACAGGCACUUGAAGUUAUAGUCUUUUUAUUUACAUGUUUGGUGUCGUUAUUAGCUGAACAAAGUACUUGUUCAAUGUAUAUACUAGUUCAUGGCGUACAAAAAUAUCAAAGUACACCAACAAGAAAAGUCGACAACAUUGAAAUCAUUGACAAUUACAGUGUUAUUCUUCCAAAUGGUGGCUACUUAAAAGUCAGAAUGGGUCCUAAAUCAUGGCCAUUUUACCAAGGUAACUCAAUAGAUUUAGACUGUCUUGGUCUACAACACUCAAUUUACCAUCAUUUUCACCGCGCAGAUGUUUGUCUAUACGGUGUUUACUUCUACGACUAUUUUAUUGAAUUGGCCAAUAAACACUAUCCAUACCGUUAUCCAAAUGCCACAAAUCAUUCAUUACAAGUGUACCAGAAAAUCGUUUUAGGGUUUUCACAUCAUCCUCAGUAUGGUCACUUCAUGCAUGAUAUGCUUUGUCCGAUUAUGUCAAUGCCUGCUGAAAUUUUGGAAGGUGCAGACAUCUUUGUCCACUUUAAAGAGAACGAAGCCAGAAACAUAUUUUCAUUCUUAGGUUUUGAUCCGAAACGUAUACAUUCACUUACUGGUCAGUGGGUUCAUGGAAUUGAUGUUCAUGCAACAGUUAGUCAAUUUGGAAUCAACGCGAUGUUCCAAGCUUGGAUUGAUUUGCACCAUUACAUAUAUCAAAAAUACAAUUUGUACAAUAUUGCUCCAACACAAAUGACAGCAAUCAAUAAACCAAAAGGAAAUUGGGGAUGUGUUGGAAACUUUGACGCCCUCUUCGAACGAGCCAAGAAAUUAUAUCCAGAAUAUAACUGGAAACUAUAUCCAGCGAGUACAUUGUUUGACAUUGAACGUACAGCAAAGAUUUUAGCAGCAUCUAAGUUAUAUGUUUCAGCAGCAGGUUCUGCGUGUUUCAACUGUAUUUAUAUGCAUGAAAACACACAGAUUUUGUUCUUCACUCGACAGCUUCCAGAUAAUCCAGCGUUAGCAGGUGUUGCAACACUUGGCAUUUUUGCAUAUGCAAUCAGCACUGAAAACUUAUCUAAUGUUUCUCUUUCUGAUUUCGAUCCUGGGCUUCACGAGAUCAUGUAUGUUGUUAAAUAUGGUCAUUGGAAUAAUGGUAUCGAAAACAGAACAGGUCAAUUCCUUGAUUCGUCAUUUUAUAAGAAAGGAUUUGAAAUAUACGCAGAAACAGGAAAAACAAAUAUUCUUGUACCUUCUAAAUCAUUCAGGAAGCACACACAUCGUAAGAUUCAACCAGGUCGCACUUUCAUGGAGUUCUUUUAG